GUCUCUUUCUCUACGAGGAACUAUCCUCUCCUUCACUGAACCCACCUCAACCUACAUCCUGUUGUAUCUCUAUCUAGCCCCGUCCACUUCAUGACUGGCCUAUUUCCGUACACAUACACCGCUCCAUUCGCCACUGCACACUCUACUUACUACCCCUGCCUGGACGCACAUCAAGUCUAGGUUCCAUACGACUCCGCAGCCCCGCCACCAUGGCAGAUUGGACGGCGGCACAGGUCAACCAGGCCCGGGUGUACGAUCCCCACUCCGGAGCAACUCUACCCUCGGUCACCCUAGAGGACAUGCCGCGGGUCAGAGCGCUGCUCGACAGCUGCUACGAUGAUGGACUUUUCCCGGAAUCGUCGUUUUCCCAUGGCGAUAUCGAAAUCGCAUCGACACAUCAGACCAGUGAAAAUGCAAUUCUCGCUUUGAAGACGGAGAUUGGGGAAUUAAAGCAAUCGGCCAUUGUAAAGGCGAACUUCAAAAAGGAAAUUGCCGGUUUACGCAAGGAGGUCAAUUCAUUACGAGAGCAGAAUGAGCGGGUGGUGGCGGAGGCCAAUCAUCAAUGGAAGUCUGAAGCGCUAUGGCCUGGGAACAAAAGAGGUAGCGCUGCCAUUAACACUCCUGAACCAUCCGAUCGAGGAACUCCUAAGCCGAGGUGGACCGAUAAUCUGAGGGAGGUUAACAAAUGGAAGGAUGAGUACAAGAAUCUCAGUACUCUACACCGAUUAGCUAAUCUCGAGGCUGAGGCACUUAAGAAGAAGAGAGCGGAAAUAGAGUUGAAAAGAAUGGAAGCUGAAAAGCAGGUGAAGGAUUUGGAGGCCAGGAUGAGCGAGCUGACGGCUAGUGGGGAUAAGAGGAAGGGAGGGGGUACUAACCUCAAAGAACGAUUGGAGGAGGUGGCAAUUCGGUCGGUUAGGAGAGGCCAAAAAACGACCCCGGGGAGGAUCAGAGGGGUCUCAGUUGGUAAUCGAAACAUGGGGGAUAUUAACAACCGGACUGAAUACGUCGAGGAGCGGAAAAAACAGUUGCGAUUGCUUAGGAAGGCUGGUCUGGAGGUGUAUUGCAAGGAAGAAGGGAUUAAGCUGGGUAAGGUUGAAGAAACCAUUUCUGAGCUUGCGGAGGCACGUGCGAGGAAGAUCUUUGGAGAGACUUCUGAGAAAGGACAGAGUGCGAAGCAGAAAGACCCUGUCGUUGAAGUCAGCGAUGACACUUUCCACGAGGUAAGUCACGAGGAGACGGAGGAUGAGCAGUCGGCCGAAUUUUAGGGUGUUGUCCUGAACGUGACCUAUCUUUGGUCUCUUGCUAAGGAGUGUAGAACGAG